GCAAAAGCGACGUCGCGCGUGCACGAGUUCGAGUUGACGCUUUCGUGGGAGGGUGAAGCGAAUUGGUUGGGGUAGGGGGACGUUGUUAGGGGGUGGCGGUGGAGGGUCGAAAGAGGGGACGGUGGGUCAGCGGACGAGGGCGGCAAAGGCCUCGUCAGUCGCGUCACGCGUUUUCCAUCGGCGACGUCGCUAUAACACUAUCGGGGACUCGCCAAUUCGAAAGAUCAGCGAUCCGAACUCGUUUCCUCGUGCUCGCUCUUCUCCUUUUCUCUCGUCGCACUUCGUUCCUCCUUUGGCCGUCGCUGUCGUCUGGUAAACAUACUAGACGCGAGGAAAGAAAGAAGGCGCACGUGACGCUUCGCCGUGAUCGGUCGAGCACGCCGCGGUAAAACGCGUCUCUUAUCGAUCGAAAUGUGCCGCGCAGCACGUUGCCGCAGUUCCGCAUGGCGCCUUCCACCUCCACCUUCACGAUUUUCGAUGCUAUCGCCAUCGAAAACACGAGGAUCUCGGCUCUAACAGACGACGAGUUAAAUUCUUUCAAACGCGUUCUCGCGCCCGAAAGUGGAGUCCCGAUAGAACCGAUUCAAAAAAGACUUUUAUAGUACGAGGAUCCUCGAUCCUCUUUCGAAGGCCCGAUCCUUCCGACUUUUCAAAUGUCGCAUUUUAUAUGAAAAAGAUAUCUUUAUGUUCGGAUACGUCCGAUACCGGCAAGUCAAUUCUCGAUUAUCGUUCGACUCGUUUCGUGCCUUUCACAGAUUUUUAAUCCUACCAGUUAUAACUCUUCAAGCUCUUUUGGAAAAUAUAUACACUCGCGCUUUUAUAUAACUUCGAAGAAACGUUCCAACGACGAUCGAUGUAACGUUCGCGAUAGGUGGACGCCUUUCGAAGGAACUACGGACGGCCAAUGGGAAUCGCGCUUUCUCCCGCCAAAACCGUGGCGCGUCGAGAAUCCAAUUCUCGUCUCGGGAGCGAGGUUGCGCGUGCGUUUACCUGCGGCGCUUCAAGAUUCUUUCACGAGGUUAAUCGAGAAACGAAAUAAGAUCGAACUCCGUCAUCUCGAAAUCAUGUCGAUACGAUCAACUUCCGUCUAUGCUUCCUGUCUUAUUUGUCCCAAGAAGAAAAAAUCCUCGUAACAGAAAAGAGACGGAAGAGGGAGGAAUGAGGAGAUUCGUCCGGUGACGUUGUGCCACGCGCGGUAAUGCUACUGGCAAGCGGUGCCUCGAUACCGACCAUCGCCGGUGCCGUCGAGGAAGAAGAGGAGUAUGCGCGUAGCGAGGCUAAUAGCGCGCACUACGAUGGAUACGUCACCGAUCAUACCGAUCUCGCUUCGGAGAUCGAUAUCGACGAGUCCGAGUAUAGAAGGGAACUUCUCAACGACAAAUGGCGGAUGCUGUUCGACAAGUUCGAUCCCGAGGGUUUCGGAGAGAUACCAUUGGAGGACUUUCUGGUAGCAUUAAAAAGUGCCGAGUGGAAAGCGGAAAUACCAGUGAACAAGAGAGAUAUCCUGCUCGCGAGGGCAAAAGAAUCGAAGGUCGACGCUAUUACUUUUCAGGAUUUUGUCAAUGUGAUGAGCGGCAAACGGACGAGGAGCUUCAAAUGCGCGGUCCACCAUCGGGACCGCGAGGUGUGCUCCGAGAACGACUUUCAUCUGCUCGUGCGCGAGCCGCCGUUGUUUCGCAGAAUGGUCCGGAUGAUCGGCGACGAAUUCUUGACGAAGGAACGGGACCGAAAAUACUACGCCGACCAUUAUACGUGCUGUCCACCGCCUCUCUUCAUCAUUCUCAUCACCCUCGUGGAGUUGUGCUUCUUCACUUAUUACACCGUGAUAAAGGGCGAGGUGAAUCCCUCGGGUCCGGUACCGAUCGACAGCGUCUUCAUCUACAGGCCGGACAAACGCCUCGAGCUUUGGAGGUUCGCCUUCUAUAUGUUCCUUCAUGCUGGAUGGCUUCACCUGUUGUUUAAUCUGGGAGUGCAAGUAAUCGUGGGACUUCCACUCGAGAUGGUACACGGAAGUUUGAGGAUCGCCGCGGUAUAUAUGGCUGGAGUCCUGGCUGGUUCCCUGGGUACCUCGGUGUUCGACGCCGAAGUCUAUCUGGUUGGAGCGAGCGGCGGCGUUUAUGCUCUUCUAGCGGCCCACCUCGCCAACGUUCUUCUAAACUACAACAAUAUGGAGUUUGGCAUAGUUCGACUUAUCGGCAUCUUCGUCAUCGCAAGCGCCGACGUGGGCUUUGCCAUAUACGACAGGUAUGCUGCAGGAGAGAUCUACGCGGGUCUACCGGUCUCUUACGUUGCCCAUCUGACGGGUGCCCUGGCCGGGCUGACGAUCGGUCUUUUGGUCUUGAAGAAUUUCGAGCAGCGAUUGCACGAGCAAUUGCUCUGGUGGGUGGCCCUUGGCGUUUACGCAGCCUGUACGAUCUUCGCGGUCAUGUACAAUCUAAUGCAUCCGAACCAUCCAUGACGCGAGGGCGGCUUCGCGCACAAUCAACCGAGAAACGUAACGCGAAGCUGGUAGCCCUUGGAAGAGAAAACGAAUAAAGGAAAAGGAGGAAAGGAGGAUCAUAAGAAAAAAUUGCGUCGGAAGAAGAAUACGUCGAAAUGUUUUAACGGAACAACAAGUUUCCUCGUCGUCGAAACGAUCUCGACACGAACACGCUGCGAAUCAUCGAAGGACGAGAAGAAGGAGGAAGAUGAGAAAGAGGAUGGAUGGGUGAAGUAGGGGAGGAACGGCGGCCGGGUCACACGUUCGUCGACGCGUCUCGAUCUCUUCGUAGUUUUCCUGCGUUAAACCAAAGAAUAGAGUAUAUACACACAGGGAGAUAUAUUUUUGCAGAACGACAAGGAAGACGAUGCGCGAGGUUUGCCCUUUGCGCACUUCGACUAUAAGCGGAAAAUGCGAAAGCCAAAGAACCAUAGUCCGUACGCAGGAAGAUAUUCGAAAAGUUUCACGUCGACCACGAUCUCUCUCCGGCUUUUUACUCGUUAACGCGAUCCCUUCGAACCAAAUCAAGAACGAAAAGUAAACGAAAAGCGAAGGACGCCUAACGACAUUUUUUUCUUACUGCUCUUGUAUGUUAUUAAGUAUCGACGUCGAUCUCGAUGACGUGUUACCCGCGCAGUCGUUCAUUGUAUACCGAUGUAAAUAGUCUUGUAAAUAUUAACGAAAGAAAGAUGAAAGAGAACGUUACGCGUAUAUAGAACGCGAGAGAGCAAGGGGAAUCGGAGUGAGUGAGCGAACGAGAGAAAAAAAUUGUGCGUAGAGCGUGGACGAAACAAACAAAAAUAAAAGAACGAAAAUUUCGGAAACGAGAGAAGAGGAUGGCGGGAAAAGAUUCGUCGACGAGAAGCAAAUAUUUUCCUUCGCGAUUUUUCCUACUGUCUCGUCCUUAUUCCUUCUUUGAUAUACUUUUUAAGAACGAUGUUGGAAAGAAACGAGAAAAUGGCUAUUGCGUUACCAAAUUUCUUUCCUCUCGAUACUGCCAGAACUUUUCUUAUUUUUUUUUUUUUCCUUUUUCCUUUCUUUCUUUCGUUCCUUCGUUCGUCGAUUCGUCCGUUCGUCUCAAUGAAAAUUCCUCACGCAUAAUACAUAACUCGUUACCAAUCCGUAUUGUAUCAUAAUCGUAUUACGCGUAAGUUUUCUUUUUCGUUUUGUCGUAUUUGUCCAUUUGUACAGAGCAACGACAUAUAUUUAUGUAUGCGGAAACGAAUCGUUAGAUAAUCUUCAAACGCAUCGAUACGCCGUUUAUUCGCUCGAUCCUCUUACUCCCUUCCUCCUUCUCUCUUACGCAGCGACUCUUCGAUAUUCUCAAAAGAACGAUUCUCUUCUUUGGUGAUUUCAAAGUCACGGCUCUUACGUAUUAUUUAAUAUAUAAAUAUAUAAUAUAUAUAUAUAUAUGUAUAUGUAUAUUAUAUGUGUAUAUCUUCUGUAUAGUUUCUAAGUACGUUGAUCAGGGUACAACUAGAUUCUUCUUUUAUUUGCUAUUUAUACAUCAGACAAAUUUCUUUUUUUUCUCUUUUUUACGGAAGGCAAAUGGCCACGGUAAGAAAAUUUAAUUGUCGAUUAUAAUCGUAUAUGUAUACACAUAUAUAUAUAUAUAUAUAUAUAUAUAUGAUAUACGAUAUAUGAUAUGAUAUAUAUGAUAUAUAUUAUAUAUAUUAUAUAUAUAUAUUGUUCUAGGUUCACACGUUUACGCGAUGCGCUCAUCUCAUUGUUACAGACUUUUUUCUGUCUCACCAAACGAAGCAGUUUCUCUCUCUUUCUCUUUCUUUCUCUCUCUCUAUAUAUAUAUGUGUGUGUGUGUAUAUAUAUAUAUAUAUAUGUCUCUUUCUUCCCUUAAUUUCGUUCUUAAUUUCAUACAAGAAAACAAGUCUUAUUUAUUUUUACCAAGUGGUAUUUUCUUAUUAGAAAUUAGUAUGUCUUGGAACGACUGAAGAAAAAUAGAUACGAAAGGAAGGAAGGAAGAAGGAAGCAAAGAAGGAAGGAAGGAAGAAAGGAAGGAAGGAAGGAAGGAAGGAAGGAAAAAAGAAAAAAGCGAGAUCAAAAACGAGAGUGAUGAACGAUGCUAGUCAAUUAGUACCCACGAGAAAGCUACGUCGGGUUGUAGCUUAAGGUACUGCUAUGUUGUAACUCGCAGAAACGUCGAGAAAAACGGUGGGAGAAAUAGAGUGAAAAGCGACUCGACUGUGAAAGGGUUGUAUAAGAAGAAAAGGAAAGAGAAAGAAAGAGAGAUAAAAAGAAAUGGUCGGUGACGAAGGUAUCCACUUUAAAUAGCUACAAUGUUCUGUUACAAUGCAAAGAGAAAAGAGAAAAGAG